CCGACACCUCCGGUCAACCACAAGAUGGCCAACUCACCUGUCGUUAUCCCAGGCUCUACCGAAAAGAGCGCUGCGAGCCGUACAAAGCUCUCAAACACUGCUGCUGUGUCCAAUGGCGCAACCCCGGAAGCGGCGAGCACAACUAAUAGCGCGGGUGAUGAUUUGGCAGAACAGAUGAACGAGGAGGAGAAGCACAAAUAUGUCAAAGGCAAAAAGCUCGGAGAAGGUACCUAUGCAAACGUCUACCUUGGCCAUCUCCGCUCCGACCCAUCCAAGCUCGUCGCAAUCAAAAAGAUCAAGAUUCAAAAAGAAUAUACAGAAGGAAUGGCCCCCGAUGCUAUCCGCGAACUGAAACAUCUACAAGAAAUUUCACAUCCGAACAUAAUCUCUCUCCUCUCAGUCUUCUCAUCCAAAGACCAAAAUCUCAACCUUGUGCUUGAAUUCCUCCCUUUGGGUGAUCUGGAGAUGUUGAUCAAGGACGUGGAGGGCGUACGGUACGGAGCGGCUGAUAUCAAAGCCUGGAUGGGGAUGCUCACUCGCGCCAUCUGGUUCUGCCAUGAGAACUUCGUCCUACAUCGAGAUAUUAAGCCCAACAACUUGUUAAUAGCAGCAGAUGGGGAGAUCAAGCUCGCAGAUUUUGGUCUAGCAAGAUCAUUUUCGGACCCUUAUCGAAUCAUGACAUCGAAUGUGAUUACACGCUGGUAUCGACCCCCAGAGUUGCUAUUCGGAGCAAAGCAUUAUUCCAGUACAGUGGACAUCUGGUCUGUCGGUUUGGUUUUCGCAGAGUUGGUUAUCAGAACACCAUAUAUUGCCGGGGAUACAGAGGUUGGGCAAGUCAAUUUGAUAUGCCAAGCAGUUGGUACCCCGACUGAAGAGAAUUGGCCCGGCGUAUCAAAACUUCCCGAGUAUACGGUACCCGACCCACCAGUUCCGGUCAGGGACAGAAACUAUUAUUUAGGCACAUUUGGCACAGCAGGACAGGAAGGCGUGGAUCUAUUGAUGAAAAUGUUGAUCUUGGACCCGUGGAAAAGAAUCACGGCGAGAGAGGCGCUGGAACAUAAGUGGUGGGCAGCGGAUCCCAAACCGACGAAGAAACAAGACUUGCCUAGAAAGAGAGGCGGGGAUGCAAAAAUCGGGGAAGACUUGAAAAGAAGGCCAGGGGUUCUGGAUGAUGAGAGGGGUGCAAAGGUGGCCAGGAAGUUGGAUUUUUCUGCAGUGUGAUGCGUGGAUCGGCGUUGAGGAGGCGUAGACCUGACCAACCGAUCCCCUUUUAGUGGCAGAUAUCUAACGCAAUACCAUGUUGUCUCGCGAGAAGGCCCUCUGAACUCCCACCUUUCUGUCAAACUCCGAGACCCAAUCUUCUCUGCUUCACCACCUCCUAUGCCUCUGCCAAUGAACCAUACAAGCUCCAGGCGGAUUUUUGUAUCCUCUGCGCCAAUUAUCUCAUAGUUGCUCUUAGCACUUCAUGGCCGACCUCAUGAACUAAAUCGUGCUGAAG